GUAAGGAUAGUACGAAUGGUGAUUGGUCGCCUGCAACCUUCGUUUCUUGCUCGCGAGAGCCAUCUGUUUCGUGUGGAUCGUCAAGUUCCUCUAUCCUGUGUGCUGUAUGAGCUCUUUCUGCGAAACUCGCGAUACAAAAUGACUUGCAAACGUAGGAAUGGUGGACGUGCUAAGCAUGGCCGUGGUCAUGUCAAUCCAGUUCGCUGCACCAAUUGUGCGCGAUGUGUGCCGAAGGACAAAGCCAUUAAGAAGUUUGUCAUUCGCAACAUCGUCGAGGCUGCUGCUGUGAGAGACAUCACGGAGGCCAGCUACUACCAGUCGUACCAGCUGCCCAAGCUGUACGCCAAGCUUCACUACUGCGUCUCGUGUGCUAUCCACUCCAAGGUGGUUCGGAAUAGGUCCAAGGCUGACCGUCGUAUCAGAACACCUCCUGUACGCAACUUCCCAAGGGAUCUGCGCCAAGGCCAGCAAAACAGGAAAUAAUUUUAUUAUGCAAUUUCGAUAUAAAUAAACCUCGAUAAAAGUAACGCA